AUGUCGCUGGUUCGGAAAAAGAAGCAGCGGGCAAGGCCGAUGGUGUGCGCGCCGGAGAGGGCCACGAGAUCCUGCAAACUCAGGCCCUUGUUGGCGAACCUGGUUGUGAGGGCAGAGAGGCUGAACGAUGGACCAGGGAGGUUGAUGUUGGCUUCGUUCAGGCUGGCCGUUGUGGCGUCCCGCCGCCCGAGGGGCACCGUCCACCAGGGUCCUCCGCUCUGCAUGGAGGAGUGA